AUGUCAUCAGCGAAGGAUUUUCUACAGGCAAUAGGGCGCGAUGUAGAGAAGAAAGUUUCCGUAGAAAAAUGGGAAGAUCUCUUCCGAAUGCGGCGGGACGAUUUCAAGAUACUCGGCGUUAGUGUCCAAGACAGAAGAUAUAUUAUGUGGGCUAUGGAAAAGUAUCGCUGGGGCGCCGAGCCCACAGAUUUUUCCCACGAGGCAAAACCUAAGAAAAAAUAUCGAGGGCGUGGGCCUCGUGUACAGCAUGGAAAGAGGGUCCGUUAG